CUUUGAAACGUCACUGAAGCUCUUGGGUCGCCGCCUGGGUCACAUGACAGGGGUGCAUUCCGCAGCGACAGAGGCAGUGAUGUCCCAAACAGAGAUGUCUAAAAUCAAUUCACGUGACAGAACCGAAGAUCCCUCUCAGCUCGGGGUUCCCCUUAAACAGGAAGUCACGCGUGCAGGAAGUGACACGGAGCGGGAGCGGGCGGAGCCUCCAGACGCCAGGACCAGUCAGAGGAGGGUGUAUCACCUCACUAUCUGUGGCGACUGUGGUAAGACUUUCUCUCUCCCGUGGAACUUCAAAGCGCACCAGCGCGUCCACACGGGAGAGAAGCCCUACAGCUGCCGGCUCUGCGGACGCCGCUUCAGCCAGCUCAGCAACCAGCGCUCCCACGAGAGGACUCACCGGGACCCGGGGCCGGGCCGGGCCGUGGCGCUGCUGAGGAUCCCGCCUCGGCCCGCAUCGCAGCAGCACCGGGACCCGGCCGUGUACCCCUGCCGGGAGUGCGGGCGCAGCUUCGUGGGCUUCGGGAGGGUGCCGGGGCACCAGUGCGCCGCAAAGGAGCAGAGUCAGGACCCCCCUAACGAGACGCCUGCCGGACCUGAAUCUGGGGGUCCCCCCUCCCAGUACGCAGCGGACCCCUCGGAGUUGGGGGCAGUCGUCAUCAAACAGGAGGAGGAGGAGGAGUCGUUGUCGGGGGACGGCGAGGUGGAGAGGAGAGAGGAGGGAUCCGAUCACACCCAGACCUGUAGUACCCACACUGACCAGAGCGGGAGCCCUGUACCCCGCCCAGCCAGCACGACAGCUGUCUCCGCGUCUCCCAAGCCCUUCGUUUGCCCCGACUGUGGUAAGACUUUCUCUCUCCCGUGGAACUUCAAAGCGCACCAGCGCGUCCACACGGGAGAGAAGCCCUACAGCUGCCGGCUCUGCGGACGCCGCUUCAGCCAGCUCAGCAACCAGCGCUCCCACGAGAGGACUCACCGGGACCCGGGGCCGGGCCGGGCCGUGGCGCUGCUGAGGAUCGCGCCGGGGCCCCCAGCCUCGUUCCCAUGCCAGCUCUGCGGACAGAUCUUCGUGGGGUUCGGGGGUGUGCCGGGGCACCGCUGUGCGGGUGGCGAGGAGUCGUCUCCCCGUGAUUCUAACCCUGCUCAAACUCCUGGCUCCUGAUCAUUUCAAUAAUAAUAAUAAUACUAGACUUCAUUGAGGGGAGCUCUGAACCCCAGGACUGGGUGCAGCAGCAGCAGCAGGGCUAGAAUGAGUUUCUAACCCUGCUCAAACUCCAGGCUCCUGAUUAUUUCAAUAUUAAUAAUAAUAAUAACAGACUUCAUUGAGGGGAGCUCUGAACCCCAGGACUGGGUGCAGCAGGGUUAGUAAAUGUUUCUAAGUCUGGCUAAAGCCUAUACAAGGGAGGGGGUAAGUUGGCUGUGAUUUGCCCCUGGGGGCGAAUACAGACCAGGGAGGUAAAUCUGUUUCAAAUGAUAUUGUGACACACUACUGAGUGAUGAUGAUGAUGAUUAUGAUGAUGAUUAUUAUUAUUAUGAUUAUGUUUUUUUUACGGAUCUCAUUUAAGGAGAUAUGUUCUGAAUUGUUUAAUUGAGGUUUUAAACCUGCUUUCCUCUCUACAUGAUGUACUUGUGAUGUAAACCCGCGUGCGGUACGUUCUCGAGUGACGUGGUUAUUUCGCUCGUGUGGGAACAUGCAGGAAUCUACACAAACACAUUAAAAAUAAAGACCAUGUGACCGGAUAUCAGGCAGCUCAAGGAUCGUUUCUGUCGGUUUUUUAAAAAAAACAUCUUUGCGAAACCGAUUCAAACACGUGUGCAGUUUGAGUGAAGCUACACUGACAAAGACACUCGAGUCGAUCAGCUGAUCGAAAAAGUAAAAAUUGUAAAAAAAAACCAAACAAACAAAAACUAUACUAGACACACACAGGAAGAGGAUCUGCUUGGCACGCAUUAUAAACACUUACAAAAAAAGUGUCGUGUGUCCAGCACGGUCGAGAACAAGCAUUGAACCCCAAAUGCAAACAUACAGACAGGCCGCUCUGGGAUUGUUCAAACAAGAACAUAAGAGAAUAAGAAAGUUUACAAACGAGAGGAGGCCCCAUUCAGCCCAUCUUGCUGGUUUGGUUGUUAGUAGCUUAUUGAUCCCAGAAUCUCAUCAGCAGCUUCUUGAAGGAUCCCAGGGUGUCAGCUUCAACAACAUUACUGGGGAGUUGGUUCCAGAGCCUCACAAUUCUCUGUGUAAAAAAGUGCCUCCUAUUUUCUGUUCUGAAUGCCCUUGUAUCUAAUCUCCACUUGUGACCCCCUGGUCCUUGUUUCUUUUUUCAGGUCAAAG